UGUUGUUGGGAGGUGUCUGGGUGACAUUGAGAGAGCGGGGCGGGCCGGCGGAGUUGCCUUCAUGCUGGCGUCGCUGGGGCGGUCGGCGGGGCGGCUGUUGCGGAUCGGGACGGGCGCGACCGGGCUGCGGCAUGCGGGCGGUGGGGUGCACAUUGAGCCGCGGUACCGGCAGUUCCCGGAGUUGACGCGGACACAAGUGAUCCGGGCCGAGCUCCUCAGCGGCUUCAUGUGGUUCUGGAUCUUCUGGCAGUUCUGGCACAACUCGGACAUGGUGCUGGGCCACUUCCCUUACCCCGACCCUUCGGCCUGGACGGACGAGGAGCUCGGGAUCCCUCCAGAUGACGCGGAAUAGGCGCCUCCAGCCACGGGUUCCGGCCUUGCCGACAGCACACACCGGUUCUUGGAACUAUAGAGAGCCCUGGAACCCAGCUUUGGCUCCUUGGUCCUUAUUUCAAUAAAAGUUAACUGUAAACCAACUCAAGAUAAACCGUACUUGACUUUUGAGUGCUGUAGGAUUUCUGGACAAUGACGAUUACAGCUCUGGAGAUGAGGUAUUGCAGUCUGCUGGAGCUUCUGUAAUGUUUGCUCAAUACAUAAGGUGCUGCCUCCAAGAAAUAAAAGUGAUACAGCCAUGUUCAGAGAAUGGGUUCAAACUUCCAUGCAUGCACAGCAGGCAGGAAUUCCAUCAUGAAAGCUCUGCCAAAUAACCACUAAAAGGACGAGGAAAAUGAAGCUUGUUAGGUUCUUGCAGUUCUAACAACGUUUUACUGAAAUGUUGUCACCAAAUAGCAGCUGGAAUACCAGUUGCCAUAGAAGCAGGGGGAGUGACCCUCAAGGAGAACCCAGGCCAGUUACUGCCAAGCUUUCCCCCCAGGUGAAGGGUAAGUGCCAUGGGUGUUACCAAAGCCCAGAAUAAUGCAUAUGAAGCAAAACCCUCUGCAAAGGUAAAAAUGCUGCAGGGUUAAGCACCAUGGUCAAGGAAGCAUCAGUCUGGCAGAGGGAGGGAGAUGGGUUACUCCCUCUACUAGGUGUCCCUAUGCUCUUCCUGGUGUGGUUUGUUUGCCUUUUUUUUCCCCCUUCCUAUUUUGUUCUUACCUUCCAGAGUAACAUUCUAAUGCAACAGCAUCACAGUAAACUUUUCACUCCUGUUAACCACAUUAGUUACACCUCUGGAACUUCAGAGAGGAGGAGUUGUGAAUUAGAGGACAAUCUCCUUCAGACUUUUCCAUGCAGUCAAUCUUUAUUAUAGCAGUAUUCUCAUAUUCACAUCAAGUACAUAGAACUUUUUGCCUUUUAUAUAAUACAGAGAGUUCUUUAAAUAACUUUACACAGAAAUAGUUUUCUUCAAUCUGAAUUCAGCUAUCAAAUUUUAAUAUGUCUUAAGUCUCCAUGCUCUCUAACCAAACUGGACAAUAUUUCCCAUUGUACAAAUUUACAUGAGAAAAACUCCAAGUACAAAUGAAGGGACAACAAAAGUGAAGGAGGCAGGAACAAACAAGAAAAAUAAGUUGUAUUGGCAAUUACAGGGGAAACUUGAGAAGGAAAGAAGGGGAGUUGCCAUGACCUAUGUAACAGGAAACCAAAAAUAAACAUUGUGAAUUAAAAAAUAAAUACAAGUUUCAAAACAAUUACUCCAUUGUAGAUUUUUAAAAGCAGCUAUGGGAAUCUACUAACACAAUUGGGUUUUUUAUUUAAGUAACCAGACUGGACCUUCUACUUUGCAGUCAUAAACCUCACAAACCUCUGGUGGUCAACAGCAACAACAACAACAAAAAAAAUACAGCUGAAAGGAAUGUUGUGUUAGCACAGAGUGUAAAUUGGUGGGACAUACAUUUAUUUCAUUGCACUAAGGAACAAACAAACAAAACAAAUCAAAUCUGUAUAUAAAUUUCCCUUUCCUUACUAGAUUCUUUGCCUCUCAUAAACAAGCCUCUGUAUGAUGAGGUAAUGCCAUUGUCUUGACUAUAUAUAUAAAAAUAAUCAAGUUUAAAGGAUAUAGAUCCAUGUAUCUAUAAACUUUAAACAAGCCAGUCCUCUCUCACUCCCCCUGUAGGGUCCAACUACUGAGUGCUACAGCUUCCAUCACUUCUAAAUGAAACAUAAGUGUUGUUCCCCUUGUGGAACUCCCCUCCCCCAAGAGCCCAGUGCACCUUUCCUAAUCUAGGAAAAGCAGCCUGCGCUCAAGUAAGAAAGAGACAGUACAAGGAACACAUCACAGAUGACACACAUACACACCUGCUCCUUCAGAACGAAGCAGUCACAGAAGGCAACAGUGGCCAGCCUGCACGUGUGGUUUGACAAAGGGCAACAGCAAUCCAAUUAAGCAGCUGAUGACUGGGUGCUUUUGCAAUUGUGUAAGAAAAAUGUCACCUGCCCAGCCCUGGGAGACCAUCACUACACUGAAAUGAGGUGGGGAGGGAUGUUAUGCCUGGAGGACGAAGGGCCAGGAGUUUUGUGCUUGCAGUCAGGAUGACCACAGCACAAGUGGGCUGGCUCAAGUCCCAGACAGUGGCAGACCUUGCUCUAGCAGCACAGGUUAGCACUGGAUCCCAAAGGCAUUUCAAGGCUGGAAGAAGCAGAGAACAGGACCUUCCCCUAAUCCCAACAAAUGAGAUCAGAAGAAAAGCAACAUUAAUUUGGGUUGCCAACAGAUGCAAGUUGGCCACUGUCAGGUUCCUGUCAGUUGAGAAGCGUGGAGAGGGGGAGGAAGGGAAGGCAGGUAGGACACAAGGUUCAUGGAGGAAUGAUGUGCAUUUUUUUGUUGAUUUUUUUUUUUUUGGUGUUCCCCCCCCCAAAGGUUCACAGCUUUGAAUAAAAAAAGCACAUCUAUUGCACUUACAUUUUAUUUUAGACAGAAUUACUUUAAACUAUGCCCUCAGAACCCCCCACUAUCCCAAAAUAACCCAACCCCCAAGUUUGGUUCAUUUUUCCCUCUAGACCCAACAUCCAUGCCCAGAUAGUGGGGCUUCAUUUUUUCUCCUACUGUUCCACUGAACUCCCAAACACACAGAUUUUAUUUUCAGCUAGAGUGAAUACACAAAUGCAACACAGAAUGACAUUUAACAAAACAAAACCCAAUCAUUUUCCCAACCCAAACAAACAAACAAAGGUUAUUUUUUUGAUGGUUUGGUCACUCUAAAGUAAAUGUCACAAAAGGCUUACUCUAAAGUACAGCUGCUGCAAACAUGACAAACCAGACAAAAUGACUGGACAGGCCAUGGUUGGCUCUUAAGGAGGCUGGAUGAGCUGAACACACUGCUGUUGUGAGGCUGUGAAGCAAAUGCUUAGGUAGUUUAGAAGCUUCUAAACCCUCCCACCAGCUCCCUUCUCUUGGGAAAAUAGUUUCUUUAUGAUUUUGUUUUUUAAAAAGGACAAAAUACCAUCUUCUCACGUAUACUUUUAGUGCAGAAUUUAGGGUAGGUAGAAGGAUUCCAGAUAGUUCCUGGAACACAAGUAAAAUGUUUUUAUACUUUGCUUUCUAAAAGGAACAAAACCAAAUUGAAACUGGUCUGAUAUUUUGCAUAAACUGUGCAUUUAGACAUAACUUUUUAAUUCACAAUUAUGCCUAAAGUCUUGCCCCAAAGAAGGAAAGGAAAAGAUCGGAAAAAGCACAAAUACCAAAACUCAUUAUUUUGACCUUCAUGGACAGGAAGGUUAAACAUGACACUGGUAUACAGAAACUGCCAGAAGUCUGUGUAACCAGCUUGAACAAAUCAAAGUCAAUCACACUGGUCAUCCCUCAGCUGACCAAGACACCUACCAUUUCCUAUGGUUCAUGUGCAGUAACAGUAUGUGAUCACUGAAGAGUAAUUGCAAGAGGCCCAAGGAAGAACCAAGGAAAUCUGAUGAUAUUCCAGAAAAUGAAACUGCACUUUCUAGGCCAGGAGAUUAAUUGUAUGGUCUGAUAUAUGUGGACUUGGAUUACAUGAGUAUUAGCCACCAACUUGUCAUCUAGAUCUCAUUUUUCAUCUACCAUCUCAUUCCAAGAUGCUGCGACAGUGUAACUUUGAGCCUCUUCAAAGCUUUCUAUUACCUUUCUUUAACAAGACCUUUGUGUCUUUGGAGGUGAGGAGGACUUACUUGUUUUUAAACUAAAUUAACCUAAUUUAACUUCCAAUAGAGCAGAUUUCAAGCAGCAGCCUGAAACUGUGAUUGAAAUUCACUGUAAAUGAAUUACAUAUCCUUCAAUUCCUGGCUUUGAAAUGAUCAUAGGUAUUUUGGGGAAUACUCUCUGCCCUUCUUGCUCCUUUACAGAAGUUUACCAACUCCAAACUACUUAUCUAUAGUAAUAGCUAUAUACAAAACUACUGCAUGAGAAGUAAACCAAAGCCACUGCUCUAGUUACAAAGCACCUGGUUUACAUUCUGUUGUACUUUUUAAGGUUGCAAAGGCACAUGAUCAUUUGGCAAACUGCAAAGACUGUUUUGGGGAUCCCUAUGUAAACCAUUCAACAGAGGGUCUUGGUAACUCCCUUUUGUAAAGAAAAAGAGAGAAGCCAGUUUUGAUCCGAGUUCGCUCUUGGUGUACUGUAUAUUCUGCAGUUUAAGUUUCAUCCUUCUGCAUUUUCAUAGUCAUCUCCUGCUGUCAUCGUGCUGACUUAAUAGCUUCUGUGUUAGCUUCCUUAAAACUUAAAUGCAAAUAAGGUUUUAAACGACUUUGCUCUGUUCUUCUGAUAAUUUAAUUUACUAGGUAAGAAAUAAUGAAACAACGAAGAAGACUAUUUAAAAUACAUGCCAAAACAAAUAUGAAGUGCAAAUGCAUACUAACAAGGCUGCAGUAAACAGAAAGUUUGUUUCAUAAACUUCUGUGUAAAACAUGUAAGAGAGAACAGGAACACCCAGCACCUUCAAUGCCAUGUUGCAACAGUCCACUGCUUUUCAACUGAGCUUAACUGUACCUAGAAGCUUCGCCUGUCGCAUUGUGCUACCGGUGAUACUUUUUUUCCCAACAGACAGAAGACAUGUUGUCUACAGUACUAUGAAUAGUUUGUGCUACACAUGCUGCACACUCACAGUCAAGAAGGGAAUGAAAUCUAUAGGCUGCAAAAGUGUGAAAUGUCUACAUGUUUCUUCCCUACAUUUAGCCCCUCCAGCUAUCAAAACUUCGGCUUGUCCUGGUUUGUGAGAUUUCUGGGGAUCAGGCUUCUGCAAAUGAAUUUAUAUCACCAGACAAACACAGAGGCAAACCUACUUAAGUGUGACCUUCAGUGUAUAUUGUCCCCCUGACUUGGGCAUUUGUGGAAAGACAUGGUCUCCAUCAACAGUCAGCACGUCACUCAUUUUAUGUCCUGAAGGCCCACACAAGCACAUACUAAUCCAUGUAACAUUGAGAGGACGUAGUAACAUGGCAGUACUUGGCCUCAAAGAGUCUGGAUCAUCAUAAGCUGCUAAGGCAUUCUAGCACAAGAAAGAAUGAUUUUAGAUAAACGUGAAAAGCAGAAGUGGAGUAAUUUAAUGACCUGCAUGAGCUUAUAAAAAAAAAAAAGAAAUGACAUGACUGGGCUAAUCGUUAUCUGAGGCUGCCUAGAACUUCAUUAAUGCAGAAAUGAGUUGCAGAAUAACCAGGCCUCUAUGCUCAUACCAUUUGAUUUUAAGCUCCACUACAAUGUUUCAGCUCCAGCAAAUAGGCUGCAGGAAACAAUCACGUACUGACAGGGAAGAUGCAACAGGAAACUGGCCUCUUUUAACUGUGUGCAAAAAAAAGGAAAGGCAGAGGGGAAGGUGUAUGUGUGGUUAAUGAAAACAUGAAUAGCUGGGACUGGAUACUGGUUGCUUUGCAAAUAACUACUAUAUAUUAGAUACUGGAGAGCUAAAGGCAGUAUGACUGUCUUGGUGUCCACCCCAACACGCACACAUGACAUUUGGAGUAGUACUUCCAUACUAUGGCAUGUGCUUGUGGUCAGAACACCAUAGAGAAGCUUAGAAAUUUAGUCUAACAGACAUUGAAUGUACAGGUCAUUUUAGCUUGCUUCCUUCACCCCUCUUCUGUACAGGGCCCUCAGUUCUGGUCUGCUCUUAAUCUCCCCAUUCACUAAGUAUCUAGAGGGCACCUUUAAGACUGGUUCUAAUGGCAUGUGACACAUCCAGAAAAACUCCUGAAGAAAAAAAAA